GAAUACUACAGAUUCUUUCUUUCUUGCUCCAUUGCGCUUCCUCUUCUUUCUUCGUUCGUCCUCAAUUCCCCAAAAACUUCCAUUGUUGUGCAGCCCGUAAGUUCAAAUUCGAAGUAUCCGAGUUCGCCUCGAAUUCAUUUGAAUUCUGAAAUGGUUCUUGAAUUCUAGGGGAACGGAUUUCCUUCAAGAUGAACAAUCACACCAACAUCAGCAACAACGUCAAUAGUGGCACUACUCCUCAAGAUCUCGGAUUGAAGUUCUUGGAAAUGGCUCGAUUGGGGCUUCCUCGGGGUAUAUGCGACAUGGACGAGGACGAGGAAUCUCCCACUGAGCUCAACACCAUCAACAGUUCCGGAGGUUUCUUGUUGGUUGCAACCGAUAAGCUUUCUGUCAAGUACACGAAUGUGAAUCUUCACGGCCACGAUGUCGGGGUCGUCCAGGCCAAUAAGCCAGCUCCAGUUAAGCGACUUGUCUACUACUUCGAGAUUCACGUAAAGGACGCUGGUGCCAAAGGUCAGAUUGCCAUUGGCUUCACUACCGACAGCUUCAAGAUGCGAAGGCAGCCCGGGUGGGAACCUAACAGCUGCGGAUAUCAUGGAGAUGACGGACUGCUUUAUCGUGGAUUGGGUAAGAAGGAACCUUUUGGUCCAACAUAUACGUCUGGGGAUACGGUUGGUGCUGGAAUUAAUUACACCUCACAAGAAUUCUUUUUCACAAAAAAUGGGAUAAUAGUUGGAGCAGUGGAGAAGGAUAUGAAGGGUCCCUUGUUCCCUACAAUUGCUGUUCACAGCCAAAAUGAAGAGGUGCAAGUCAACUUUGGACAGAAGCCAUUUGCUUUUGAUCUCAAGGUAUUUGAAGCACAAGAGAGGAUGAAGCAACAAGCCACAAUUGAGAAGUUAUCUUUGCCAUCAAAUGUUAGUUAUAGAAUAGUGCGCUCAUACUUACAACAUUAUGGUUAUGAGGACACGCUCAAUGCGUUUGAUAUGGCUUGCAAAAGCACCGUUCCUCCUAUCUAUAUAGCUCAGGAAAGUGGCUUUGAUGAGCAAGAUAUCAUGUAUGCUCUGAACCAUAGAAAGACUCUAAGACAGCUCAUCAGGAAGGGGGAGAUUGAUGCUGCACUUGGAAAUCUCAGUGAAUGGUAUCCGCAGAUUGUUCAGGAUGAAAAAUCAGCUACUUGCUUUCUCCUUCAUUGUCAAAAAUUCAUCGAAUUAGUCAGGGUUGGAGCCCUAGAGGAGGCUGUUAAAUAUGGAAGAAAUCAAUUGGCAAAAUUUUAUGGUCUGCCCGGGUUUCAGGACCUAGUUCAGGACUCUGUUGCUUUGCUGGCCUAUGAACGACCUCAAGAGUCCCCCGUUGGUUAUCUUCUUGAGGAUACGCAGCGCGAAAUUGUAGCUGACACGGUGAAUGCCAUGGUCUUAUCAACUAAUCCGAAUGUGAAAGAUUUGCAAGGUUGCUUGCAUCCGUAUCUCGAACGGUUACUCCGGCAGCUGACUGCUUGCUGCUUGGUAAGAAGGUCUUUGAAUGGGGAUCAAGGUGAGGCAUUCCAACUGCACAGAGUGCUUAACAGCAGUAAAAAGGCCAAGUGCUAGUUGCCUGGUCACGACCUUUAUGUUCUGUGCCUGAAAAUACUGUGUCUAAUAGGGGUCCCAUUAGUGUUUCAUUUCUUUAGGAAAUUGGGUUCUCUCUGUGUAUGGCCUGUAAUCCUGUAAAGUCAGUACUAUACUUUGUAUGAAAUUUAUAUGAACUAUAAACUUGGAUGAGAGGUUCAAUGAAAUUCUUAUAAAUGCACAUCUAUUGCAGCAUGUUUUGUUAACAAA